AUGUCCAGAAUCUGGUUCCUCCUGCGUCUUGCCCCAAGAAGGAUUCCGUUCCGACUCACGCCCAGGCCAUGGCCCUGGUCACUUUCACUCUCCUCUAUGAGAGGCGUCACAUCUCCAAAGCUCCUCGGGAAGCCUGAAAUACCUACCGCACAAAUCUUUCGAUAUAAUUGCGGCCCUUCUUGCCCCCAAAAAGCCUUGGAAGGGAAAGUCAGGAGGCUCGCUGACAACGAACCUCGCUGCGAAGGCUGGGAUAGGAUGGAUACAAAGCGACACCCAUACAAGAACGCUCCCUACAAGUAUUACCAAGUAUUCAAGUUCUACUCUGGCAACAACCUUUUGGGGCAAUACCAUCAUGUUAAAGACAAGCUUGAAUUUUAUCCGGCGAAGAGAUACGAGAAGAAGUAG